AUGUCUCAAGAUGUUUUAUCAGCUAUUUCCACAGAAUCCGUUUUAUAUUACACAGUUACCUAUAGAGAGAACUUUGAAGGCUUUGAUAUUAUUGCAUUGUUGAUGUGGAAAGGCACAGAACAACAAUUCAAGAAUUAUAAGCUCAUUUUGAGGAGUAUUGAUCUUUCAAGCAAUCAAUUGAUUGGAGAGAUUCCAAAAGAAAUAGAAAACUUGAUAGAAUUAGUCUCGUUGAAUUUAUCAAGCAACCAUUUGACCGGAAAAAUCACUUCAGAGAUUGGAAGAUUAACAUCACUUGAAUUUCUUGACUUGUCGAGAAACCAUUUAUUUGGCCCAAUUCCUUCUUCUCUAGCUCAAAUUGAUCGUCUGUCCUUGUUAAAUCUGUCUAAUAACAAUCUGUCUGGAAGAAUUCCAAUAGGCACGCAGUUACAAAGUUUUGUUGCGUCAAGUUAUGAAGGGAAUGCUGAUCUUUGUGGGAAGCCACUUGAUAAAAAAUGUCCGGGAGAUGAAGAAGCCGCACACGAGAAACCAGAAACAGUUGAAGAAAGUAGUCCAGAAGAUAAAAAAUCAAUUUAUUUGAGUGUGGGAUUGGGAUUUAUCACAGGAUUUUGGGCACUGUGGGGAUCUUUGUUUCUCAUCAGGACUUGGAGACAUAAAUAUGUCUUGUUCUUGAAUAAUAUAGUUGACAGAAUUACGAGUUUAUGGCGCUGA